AUGGCGUACGUGCAGCAGAUAGGGUGGUACAACUUGUCCGUGCCUCCCUCGCUGCAGCUGGUGACAUACCGCAAUACAUACCUGUUUAACGUCGGAGAGAACUCACAGAGAUUCCGCUACACACACAAACUUUCAAUAGGGAAGAUUGCCUGCGUCUUCCUGACUGCCGUGAACUCUUCGACAGUAGACGGACUCACUGGGAUCCUUCUGGCAGUGGAACGUACCUCUGUCGAGACCCUGCGGAUAUUUGGGCCCCCUCCGACCAAGGCGCUGGUGGAGGCUAUCAAGGAGCAAUCCUUCAUAAACCCGACGCUUGAAGUAUAUGCCCAUGAAAUCACCGAAACAACUUUUGUCGAGCUAGCCAGGGAGGAUGGCGUGGUCAUUUAUGGUGCAUCCCACGGGGGUGACACCGAUUACGGCGAGCUUCACGUCGUAGACAGCGUCGUAAACCUGAACGUCGCAUACCUCAUCGCUUUCGACAACGAACUGGGACCAUUCCUUCCAAAUGAAGCGCGUCGUUUGGGCGUGAGUCGCGUUCUCGCAUUAUGCAUAAGUACAAUCACGCAGGUUACAAAAGGGUCCGACUUCGGGCGCCUGAAGAAAGGUCAGGCGGUGCAAGUUGCGGACGGUUCCUGGGUGCAGCCGCAGCAAGUCAUCGGAUCUCCGUUGAGGGGCAAAAAAGCCCUGAUCAUGCACAGCAACGGCCCGGCAUCGUUAGAGAACGUGGGGACAUACGGUGAUAAUGUAAAUUUCGUGCAGGUAGAUAAGGCGCGAAAUCUAGUGGGUCGCCUGGAUUACGUUUUCUGGAUGAGCACUACCGAUUCCGAGGAUCUCGUGGAGGCGAAGGCGCCCUACGCAAUGAAAAUCCGAUGUGAUGCACCGUUUUUUGAGACGAGAAAGCACGUCGCACUGACAAAAGCGCACUACCUCAACAGCGUGCAUGCGACAUUUGCACCGCAGCUCUUCCCGACACCGCCCAACCCACAAGACAUGUUCUUCGGCUUCGCUGUUGAUGAUGACGAGCAUGAAGACCAACCAAAGUACAGCACUUUCCUCCGCCCGCUUACGAAAAUUGUGAUGCAUCCUGCGCACAAGGCGACGGUGGUCGAGGACUUUGCGUGCUGCGGGUAUUCACAGGAACUGUUCGAUAAAGAUGACGUACCAAUUAUGGAUAUUUUGGACGACAGCCUGCUCAGCGACCCUUCCAUCACGUUUCUAGGCACCGGGUGCGCUACCCCCGGGCCGAUACGAAACGUGUCGGGUAUACUGCUCAGCCUGUCGAAAACAUGCGCCGUCAUCCUUGACGCGGGGCGCAAUACGGUAGGGAUGAUUGUUGUGACGCCACCACGUCUCAGGGCCAUAGUGGUGUCACACUCACACGGGGACCACUACGUAGGUGUAUGCAGCCUGCUCGCCUACCGCUACAAGUACGGCAAGAAGUGCAAAGUCGAGGGCAGGCCGACUGUAUUCGCGCCCGCCCGGAUUUUACAGUGGAUGGAAUUUUACAAAAAUAACGUUUCACCCAUCGACUAUGAAGGCAUCGAAACCGUGAUUGGCGGUAGCCACACGGUGCCGGUGUGCGAUUCUGGAAUGCAGUUUAACUUUUUCGCCGUGGACCACAUAUCAGACUCCGUGGGCGUUCGGAUUACCCACGACGCUGUUGGCAGCGUGGUGUACUCGGGCGAUACCCGUCCGUGCGACAGCCUCAUCGAGGGCGCCAUGGAUUGCGACGUGUUGAUCCAGGAAGGUACGACGAUGCGUAACACGCAAACAUGUUCCGCAGCAUCGUUUAACGACAGAGAUCAUGCACAGGCCACCAGCCGGUAUCACACGACCUUCUCGGAGGCGGUCGAAAUCGGCGAGCAAUGCCGCGCCCGUGCAACCAUUCUGACCCACUUCAGCCAGCGCUACAGGAGCAUUGAGCUGGAUGUGGAGCCUCGGAACGACAUCAUCGUCGCGCACGAUCUCAUGCGCAUACCCAUCAAAGCCAUCAGCACCAUAGCGGAGCCCAUGCUGAUAGCCGCGGAGGAAUUGAACUUAGUACUUAAUCAAAUUUCAGACUAG